AAUGUUGCACACGAUUAUGUUUACGGGUGCCGAGAAGCUAUCCAAGCUAGCCACACACACACAUAUCUUAAACAAAGCGCUGCUGAACUGAUACUAAAACGUAAUGAAACCCGCAGUGGACGAGAUGUUUCCUGAAGGAGCUGGACCCUACGUGGAUCUGGACGAGGCAGGAGGCAGCAGCGGCCUGCUAAUGGACCUGGCAGCCAAUGAAAAAGCAGUGCACUCUGAUUUCUUUAAUGACUUUGAGGACCUGUUCGACGACGAUGACCUGCAGUGACGGCAGCAUCUGAACACCUGUGAACGUGUACAUAAGAAAAUGACGACGGGCUUAUUCUGACUACAAGUUCUCUCUGAUUUGUACAGCCCGCCCAAUCUCACAGGUCACUCACCACCAUUCUGAAAUAAAAGACUUUCUCGUUUUUACAAAAACAAAA